GGCUAUGGCGAAAAACAGCUCCAGCUUCCCCCACCCCCAGGACAAGGCCUAGAUGAGGAAACUGAGACCCAAAGACAGACAGCAGCUGGCCCAAGGUCACCUCCAACAUGCAGGCUCCUGCCAUCAUGGCUCUGUUGCUCAUGUCUGUGGGCCUCAUGGAAGGACUUCAGGCCCAGAGCCAUCCCAUCACACGACGAGAUCUCUUCUCUCAAGAAAUGCCCCUGGACAUGGCCCCAGCCUCCUUUGAUGAUCAGUACACCGGCUGUGCCGCUGCCAUGUCAGCUGCUCUCCCGGAUCUCAAUCACACAGAGUUCCAGGCCAACAAGGCAUACGCGAAUGGCUGGGCGCUAGCAAGCAGCCAAUGGCAGGAACGCCAGGCCUGGGCACCAGAGUGGAGCCUCAGCCCCACCCGCCUGCCCCCGCCACCCCCCGGCUUCCGCGAUGAGCAUGGGGUGGCCCUCCUGGCCUACACAGCCAACAGUCCCCUGCACAAGGAGUUUAACGCUGCCGUGCGCGAGGCCGGCCGCUCCCGGGCCCACUACCUCCACCACUUUUCCUUUAAGACGCUCCACUUCCUGCUGACUGAGGCCCUGCAGAUGCUGAGCAGGGGCCAGCGCCAGCCCCGGUGCCGCCAGGUGUUCCGAGGGGUGCAUGGACUACGCUUCCGGCCAGUGGGGCCCGGAGCCACGGUGAGGCUGGGGGGCUUUGCCUCCGCAUCCAUGAAGAAUGUUGCAGCCCAGCAGUUUGGUGAGGACACCUUCUUUGGCAUCUGGACUUGCCUUGGGGCCCCCAUCAAGGGCUACUCCUUCUUCCCUGGAGAGGAGGAGGUGCUGAUCCCCCCCUUUGAGACCUUCCAGGUGGUCAACGCCAGCAGACCGGCCCAGGGCCCUGCCCGAAUCUACCUCCGGGCGCUGGGCAAGCGUAGCACCUACAACUGCGAGUACGUCAAAGACAAGUGCAAGUCUGGGCCCUGCCAUCUGGAUAAUUCAGCCAUGGGUCAGGGUCCCCUCUCCACAGUCUGGUUCCUGCUGCUGCUGCUCUGGUUCCUUGUGCUGGGGACCUUUCCAGACAGUCCAGGCCUCCUCUGAUGCCUUCCAGACGUUUUGGGCCUCCUCCAGAUGCUGAAUAGCCCUUCCUGCUGCCUCUGCCCAACCUGAGGAUGUUGACCACGUGUGUGCUUUAAGUGUGGCCAAGAUCCCUGGUAAAGCAAUCUGCAGGGAACUCUGGGACCUUCUCUGGCAGCUGCCAGACCUGCUGGUGGAGAAAUAGGAGAUAAUUUGGGGGCUGAACCCUAUCUAGGGUUCUGUGGGUGAGACUCUGAAUAGAGGUGGG